UUGCGCUUCUCUGUCGUUUUGCAAAUUCUCGCCAAUUUACAAGAUAAAUAGAUUGGUUUAUUUUAAACAGAACGGAAUCAUAGUUUCUGUGUAGAUUGUGCCGAAGGUUUGCCUGUAUUAUACUGCAACAUGUCACGCGCGAGGCCAAAUGCAUCUUUGUUCGUUAGAAACAUCGCCGAUAACAUAAGUUAAAGACUGUUGGAGAGACACAAAAAGUAAAGAUAAAGAUAAAGUUUAAAGAUAAAGACAAAGAGUUAAUUUUCUUCCAAGCCAAGACCAUUUCACAUGGAAAAUGGCCAAGGCCGUCGCAAGUUUAAAGUUUAAAGAUCGGAAAUUGGAAAAAGGCUUAGAUUGCGUUAUUGGGUGGUAAGGUAUAAAGAACUCAACUUUUCAUCAAAGUCAGAAUUGCAAAAUUAAUCAAAGUAUGUAGUUAAAACUGAAGUUUUUGGAUACCUUCUGUUUUUGCCAUUUUCUCUCAUUCAUUUUUAUUCGAGGAUACUCGAGAUGCAGAAGAUGCUUUAUACGCCAUGGAUCGAAAGUGGAUUUGUGGCAGAUAUAUUGAAGUCCAAUUUGCUGCUGGUGAUAGAAAAACUCCAAAUCAAAUGAGAACUAAGGAAGACUCCCCACCAAGAUCCAGACGCCGGUCAUACAGCAGAAGUCCAAGGAGACGUUAUUCGAGAUCAAGGAGUCGAUCUUAUGAGAGAAGAAGGUCUCCUCCACGAAGAUACAGCAGGAGCAGAUCCAGGGAAUAUGCCCGAGAAGAUAAUAGACGUAGAUCACCGGAAAAUGGUUAUGGACACCAGUCAAGACGCUCAUACUCUGGGGAAAGAUCACGUGUGUACAGAGAGAAGAGUUACACCCCUGAUCGAAGAUCUGGUUCUGGAAGACGAGGAAGUCCUACUCCAGAGCGACCACCUGUUGAAAGAAGACAUGAAUGUUCCGCUACCCCACCAAGCAAACCAGCUCAAAGGUCAGGUCAUUCCUCUCCCUCUGGCAGCAGUGACUGAUUAAAAAAAAAUAAAAACUGACAAUCGAACAUGUUUGUAUAUCAAGCUCUUUGUAGAUUUCACACUAACCGUCUUGGAUACUUUUGUUGUGAAUUUGCAAGUUUUACGUUUUUAUUUUGCCCGCUCAUCAACCAACUGGUAUAGAAAGCAUGAUGGACAAUUACUGUAGUUGUAAAGUUUACUGCAAAUUGUAACAUUUACCGCAGGAAAAUAUUCAAUAAAUUCAAAGAUUUUGUAUAAA